UACUACCAGUUGGAGUCAGUAAUACAUGUAAAUGCCUUCUGUUGAAAGCCGCAAGUCCACCAACGACGCCUCCACCUCCUCCGGCGACGACGGCGGCGGCGCCCCCUCCCUUCCCGACGACGCUGCCUCCUCCUCCGGCCACCUCGCCGCCUUCCAAGCGAGAGCGCGCCCAUCUCAGGCAUGCCCUUCCGAACUCGCUCCUCCUCCUCCUUUGCCCACGCCCUGCAGAAGCUGAGACCCACCACCACCACCACCGCGUCCUCCGCCGCAAGCCCCCCGCUCCACCUCCAGAUCCGACCCAUCUCCAGCCUCAAGGUGGAGUGGCGCAAGGACCCGAAGCUCGACGAGGCCAUCGAGAACGACAAGCGCUACAACCUCUGCGCUCGCGUCGUCAAGGAGGUCCUCAACGAGCCCGGCCAAGUCAUCCCGCUCCGCUACCUCGAGAAGCGGCGCGACCGCAUGCGCCUCAAGUUCACGGUAAGGACCUUCCUGGAUCGAAACCCGGGCCUUUUCGACACUUACUAUGAUAGGGUUAGGCCAAAAUCGGAUCUUGUCCCCUUCUUGCGGGCUAGCGAUAGGCUCAGGGGGUUCCUUGAGGAGGAGGAGAGGAUACACGGCGCGAAUGAGCUGUUAAUCGUGUCGAAGCUGUGUAAGUUGCUGAUGAUGUCGAAGGACAAGGUGAUCAGCGCGGAUAAGCUGGUUCACGUGAAGAGGGAAUUCGGGUUCCCGAACGACUUCAUGGUGAAUUUAGUGCCUAGGCAUUCGCGGUAUUUUAGGCUUGUCGGGUCCCCGGGAGAGGGAAAAUCCUUUCUGGAGUUGGUUUCUUACGAGGCGGAAUGGGCGAAAUCUGUGAUUGAAAAGAGGGCGGAGGAGGAGGCGAGGUUGACGGGGAUUCAGGUCAGGCCUAAUUUCAAUGUCAAGCUCCCGCCCGGUUUUUUCUUGAAGAAGGAAAUGAGGGAGUGGACGAGGGAUUGGCUGGAGCUUGAUUACAUAUCGCCGUACGAGGAGGUGUCGCAUUUGGACCAGGCUUCACCGGAGAUGGAGAAGAGGACAGUGGGAGUCUUCCAUGAGCUGCUCUCGCUCUCACUGCUUAAGAGGAUUCCAGUGCCAAUACUGGGGAAGUUCACUGAGGACUGUAGAUUUUCAAAUGCAUUCUCGACUGUUUUCACUAGACAUUCAGGGAUCUUUUAUAUGUCCCUGAAGGGAAACAUAGAGACGGCCAUGUUGAGGGAAGCGUAUAAGGAUGGUGUGUUGAUUGAUAGGGAUCCCUUGCUUGAGAUUAAGGACAAGUUUGUUGAAUUAGUGGAGAUGGGAUGGCGCGAGAGAAGAGAACGCGUGAGGACUCGAAAGGAAGAGUUUGAGAAGGAUAUUGAGAUGAUGGCAACGGGUAACAUUAGAACGCAUUGACCCGGAGUGAAAGCUUUCUACUUGAAGAUUAGAGUCACAUUGCAGCUUGCAAUUAUUGACGAAUUAUGCUGGAAAUGAAAGGAAAAGAAAGUUCUUAUGGGUAAGCAGCACCCCUACCACCAUGCUUGUGUCACGGGCCGAAAGCUGGCCUUGUGUUCCAGCUCAUCAGGCACCUCAAAGGCUUGUCCUUGGGCGAGAAGCUUUCGGCCCAUGACACUUGCAUAAAGUUCCCUGAAAUUUUGUAGGGAAGGCAAUCGUGAAAUGUCAACUGAACGUUUAGUGGACCAAAUUGGAAACACUUCUGGAUAGAUUAGAAUGCUCUUUCCUAUUCAGAGGGAGAAAGCUCAGCCCAUAUGUAAUUUUCUAGUCUUUUAUCAUGUUGGUAUUAACGUGGAAGCUUUCACUUGGAUUGAGCAUGUUGGUUUGAGCAAUAAAAUGAUCACAUGCUGAAGAGAAGGCUGUGGUGUAUGUACUAUGUAUGUGAUAUAGCGGGCAAUGAUAAGUGUAUACGGUGCUUCUAUCGGA